GCGUUGUCCCUGCUGAUAACCACUGUGCUGAUCUAACCGCCUUUUUAUAACUUUAAAAAUCCCCUUUUCCUUCCUAGUAAAAAGCCUGGCCCCGGAGCGCUCGUGUCAAAUACUGUUCGGUGGGCCUUACGUUGUUUGAAUAUAUACAGGAACUUCUUCCUGCUCCACUUGACCAUGGAGAGCCGGAGCACGAGGAAGAUCAGCAGGAACACCACGGCGGCCGAGGUCAGCGCCAGGAAGAAGGGACAGGCAAGGUCACGGAGCAGUUACCUGGAGAGAUGUCGGGCAGAGCAGGUCCACAGACCACAUCGCUGUCCUUCGUCCCCUUCUCACGUACUGAUUUUCCAUCCAGUGAACAGCUUAGACAGUUCAAGGAAAAGAGUUCAGAUGAUUAAUCUAGUUACGGAGGACUCCAAUUAAAACUUUGAUACUCGUCACCCACUGAAGUGGACUUGUCAUGGAGGUGGGGCUGUGUGCAGGAAAAAGUUCCACUUGACCAUUUGGCUUCCGUCAGCUUUCACUCAGCUUUCGAGGAUGCACGAAGUUCACCCCACUCCACUUACGAACUGGGUUUUUCUUCCCAAGCUAGCGAUCCAUGCCAGGCUCCCUCUGUUCAGUGACAGCACACUUCAGGCUGCUGUGCUUGCUUGGCCUCUCCCCUUCCCCACCCACACACUUAUUACUCAUAGUCACACAUCGUGGGCACACAUGAAGGGUCAGAGAAGGUUAGGACUCCCAGCAUUUGCUUCAGACUCGCAAGGUCUGAGCCUGGACCUGCCACUUUACAGAAUGACUCUGAGCAAGUUAUGAUGUCUUUCUGAGCCCCAGUUUUGUCAUCUUCAAAGUAAGGAUAGUAUAUGCUCGCAGGACUGUUACGAAAAGCAAAUGGAUGAAUGACACGCUUCUGCCUGCCUGACACACUCAAUAAAUGGUAGCUAGCAUCACCACCACCAUCAUCAUCACCAUCACCAUCACCAACACCAUCACCAUCACCAACACCAUCACCAUCACCAUCAUCAUCAUCAUCUCCAUCACCACCAUCAUCAUCACCAUCACCAUCACCAACACCAUCACCAUCACCAACACCAUCACCAUCACCAUCAUCAUCAUCAUCUCCAUCACCACCACCAUCAUCAUCACCAUCACCAUCACCAUCACACCAUCACUAUCAUCAUCACCACCACAAUCAUCAUCACCAUCAUCACUAUAAUCAUCAACACAACCAUCACCAUCAUCACCAUCAUCAUUGAUCUGUUUUUCCCUCCUCUUAAGCUAUCCCCAAUCCACCCAUCCUCCAGAGCCCAGUUCAAUCCGCUUUUCCAUACACAUGUAAAUAUUCUGAUCAAUUUGUGUUAAAAGACCUUAAAAAAAGACAUUCUAAUCUGUUACCAAUCAGCACAUUUGUAAAAUACAAUAAAAAUGUAACUGCAAAAUUAUAAUUAAAAUGAUUUUCUAGUGAGAAAAUCAAAUGGAAAAAAGAAAGGCAUAUAGAAGGUGAGGCCCAGGUAUUUGUUAUCAGAGACCACAGGCCGCGUUGCUUUGCCAGUUUCAGGUCUCUUGAGUGUCCUCUCCUGGCCCCUGUGGCUGCUGUCCUAGGCACACAAACUGCCUGUGAAGGCAGUCUCAGUGGCCCUGGGCCAGAUCCCAGGGUCCACAGUUACAUUCUUCCAUGUGCUAUUGGCUGCUGUACCCCCUGUUGUGGCCCGUGGGGGACAUUCUGGAGGGGAAGAAGCACACUUUGCCCUUCUGUAUCCGUCUCAGUGCUGGUACUGACCCCCUGAGGUGGGCGAUCGGUGCAGAAGGUAAGAGACAGCAAAGAGAUUGGAAGAAAGCAGAGGAGACCAGGCAAGGCAGAGGGUGGCUGAGUUCCCCUGGUGAAUCUGAUCUCAACGCUCCAGGGAUUGUUUCUGGAAGAAUGCCCACUGUGUGUCAAGUCACGGCGCUGUCACGGUGUUCCUAUCAGCACAUCACUGUAGGUCUACACUCCAAAGGGGUAAAUAGUUUCAAGGACAAUAGUCCUGUCUUUCAAACACUUAACACAGACACUAUUGUGUAAGUAAGUGAAAUUAUACAUACUUUGUCCAGGGUCUACAGACACCACCUUCCUGAUCGUUGAAUGUCCCAGGACUACAGUCUUUACAACCUUGAAGAAAGAUUGAAGCAUUUUAUCAUUUCAUAACCCUCCUUUGCACUGGCAAAGUCAUUAACUUAGCAUAACCUUGCACUGUUUUACAGUUCUUGAAACAGAACCCUGAGAUCACCAAUUGUACGUAGGGUAUUGCAUUUAUCUAAAAUGUGUAAAAAGGCAUGGUUCUGACUAUUAGCAAAUGUCCUGAUUUCAAAUCAUUUCUAUUUAUGGGAAAAAGUAUAUAUCAUUUUAUUAAUUAAAACAUGGUGUUGAUAUCAUGAACUUGAA